AUGGACGAUGAGGGAUUUCUCUACGUAACUGACACGGAAAAGCAUGAAGUGAAACGAUGGCGAGUGGGUGAAAUGAAUGGAACAGUGGUGGCAGGUGGUAAUGGAAAAGGUAAUCGUCUCGAUCAAUUCAAUACUCCUGUGUUCGUCUGCGUUGAUCGAGAUCAUUCAGUGUAUGUGUCGGAUGAGAACAAUCAUCGUGUGAUGAAGUGGGUGAAAGAAACGAAAGAAGGCAUUGUUGUGGCUGGUGGUCAAGGUGAAGGGAAUGCUCUAACACAAUUAUAUGAUCCCCACGGAGUGAUCGUCGAUCAAUUGGGCACUGUUUAUGUGGCUGACUCUAGGAAUCGUCGAAUAAUGUGUUGGCCACAAGGAGCCAAAAAGGGAAGUAUCGUUGUUAGUGGAAAUGGCGAAGGAAAUCAAACGAAUCGGCUCACUGGUGGCAUAGGUUUGUCAUUUGAUCGUCAGAACAAUCUCUAUGUCGUCGAUUGUUGGAAUCAUCGAGUACAACGAUUCUCCAUGAAAUAG